AUGAAGGUCCUUGCAGCUGCCCUGGUCGCUCUCCUCCUCGUGGCCACCUGCUCUCCAUCCGAGGCCCAUCUCGAUGGUGUCCCCACCUCCUGCUGCUCCACCUACCAACAGCGCCCAGUGCCACGGAGCCGCAUCGACUUCGUCUACCCCACCAGCAGCAGCUGCACCAACCCAGGGGUGAUCCUGGUGACCAAGAGGAAGAAGGUGGUGUGUGUGGAUCCCCAGGCAUCCUGGGUGCAGGAAAUCCUGAAGAACUUCCAGACUCUGAAGAACUGA